AUGCAGUCUGUUAAGGAUAGGUUUUCAUUGGCAUGCCAACAUAUACAAAAAUAUGUCCAUAUGUAUGAUUAUAACAACCGGCUAAAAACAUUUUCAGAUUGGCCAUUCACUGAAAACUGCAAGUGUACCCCUGAAAAUAUGGCUAAAGCUGGUUUUGUGCACUGUCCUUCUGAGAAUGAGCCAGACAUAGCUUGCUGUUUCUUCUGCUUAAAAGAGUUAGAGGGCUGGGAACCAGAUGAUGACCCUUGGACCGAGCAUUUCAAACGUUCUGCAAACUGUGGCUUCCUCUCCCUCUCAAAGAGUUUUGAUGAUUUAACAAUGGAAGAAUGCCUGCGUCUCGAACUGGACAGAGUCAAAUGUUUCUAUCGUAAGUUUUCAAAUGACGUUCUGCGCUAUGUCGAAGAUGAAAUGGCUGCUGUCACGAAAAGUUUGUUGGACUACUUUUCAAGUCAACAUAAUUGUUCUAUUGACCUGGAUCUUUAG